AUCCAAAUGGGGAACGUUCACACCGUUUAUCUUCUCAUUAUCUGCCUGUUUUAUACAGGAUGUUCCGUUGGGAAUGACGAAGAGAGGUUGAUUCAUGAUCUUUUAGAAGUCAGAAAGUAUAAUAAAGAUGUACGGCCAGUUGAGCAUAAGGAUGAAGUGGUGAAGAUUUCAUUGGGUUUAACACUCUCCAAUCUCAUUUCAUUAAAAGAAGUUGAUGAGACACUGACUACAAAUGUGUGGAUUGAUCAUGGAUGGUAUGAUAAACGACUUACUUGGAAUAUGUCAGAAUAUAGCGGAAUUGAAAUAAUCCGUCUACCCCCCGAUUUAGUGUGGAUACCGGACAUUGUCCUAGAAAACAACAAUGAUGGACAACACGAAGUGGCCUUUUUCUGCAAUUUGCUGGUCCGAGCAAAUGGAUUUGUUACAUGGCUUCCCCCAGCAAUAUUCAGGAGUACCUGUCCUAUCAACACUCUUUACUUUCCUUUUGAUUGGCAGAACUGCUCCCUGAAAUUUACGUCAUUUAAUUACAAUGCAGAGGAGAUAAAUUUGGAACUACAAACAGAUUUUCAAAAUGGCAAGGAGUUUCCUAUUGAAUGGAUUAAUAUUGACCCUGAAGCUUUUACAGAAAAUGGUGAAUGGGAAAUUAUUCACAAACCUGCAAAAAAGAAUAUCCAUACAGAUGUUCCUCGGAAUAGCACCAAAUACCAGGAUAUAACAUUCUACCUCAUUAUUAGGCGCAAGCCAUUAUUUUAUGUCAUCAACAUCAUUACUCCUUGCAUUCUCAUUUCUUUUCUGGCAUCAUUAGCUUUUUAUCUUCCUGCCAACAGUGGUGAGAAAAUGACCAUGUCUAUUUCUGUCUUACUUGCUCAGUCUGUCUUCCUGCUGCUGAUUUCUCAAAGAUUGCCAGAGACAGCUCUAGCUGUUCCACUAAUUGGCAAAUACUUGAUGUUCAUAAUGAUUCUGGUCACCAUUGUGAUAGUGAGCUGUGUCAUUGUGUUAAACUUCCAUUUCCGAACUCCCAACACUCACGUUCUCUCAUCCUGGACUAAAUGGCUGUUUUUGGAAAAACUCCCACGGAUCCUACUCAUGUCUCAACCUGAUGACAGUAACUCACCACCGUGGGAGAACGGUGUGUUGCAGCGACGCAGCAGCUCCCUUGGAUACAUCAUUAAAGCACAAGAAUAUUUCACUAUCAAAUCCAGAAGUGAACUUAUGUUUGAGAAACAAUCCGAACGACAUGGAUUGAAGCCACGGGCCACUCCAGCUAUCAGUCUGAAAAGCAGUCAUAAUGAUAAUGAAAACAUUCCAGAUCAGCUGUAUUCCGAGCUGAAGUCAGGCAUCGAUGGGGCUAACUUCAUUGUGAAACACAUUAAGGAAAAGAAUGACUAUGAUGAGGAAGUUGACAACUGGAAUCGAGUGGCUCACACAUUGGACAGGCUCUGUAUGUUCAUCAUAACUCCAAUAAUGAUUUGUGCAACAUUUGUCAUAUUUUUGAUGGGAAACCUUAAUCAUCCUCCAUCAUUACCAUUUGAAGGCGAUCCCUUUGAAUAUUCAGCUGAUCGCCCACGAUGUUUGUAGCUUUCAAUUAUUCAUGAACUACAGGAUA